AUGACGCGCUUCCACAGAUAGUGUCAUGGCGUCAGUACAACGUUAGCAAAGGAAAAAAUAUUCUGUAUUUGAUAUUUGAUAGGCAAUAUAAUCACUUAGUAAUCUGUGGCGGAUAAAAUGAAUAAUUUUUACUGUUCCUUCGUGAGCAUCCACUACAUUAUCUGUGAGUGCGGCGAUACUUUUCCAACAGAAGAAGGUUUGCAGGAGCAUUUGGAUAACGAGCACAAAUCGUUAACUUUCGAUAGAAAUGAAUACCAAUGUAGCACGUGCGGCAAGAUCUUCGCGACGGAGAAGGCAUGCCUCAUGCACCAGCAGGUGCACAACAAGCGGGUGAAGGUGAAGAGAGAGCCGCGGGACCCCACCCAGCCUAAGAAGAGAUACUACACCUGCAAGAAUAUUGUCUGCGAAGUAUGCGGCAAGAGAUAUGCGUCCAACGCAGCUCUGCGCUACCACCAGCGGGUGCACACGGGGGAGCGGCCCUACCAGUGCUCCAUGUGCCCCAAGACCUUCACCAUGCCGCUGUUCCUGCAGAUUCAUGUCCGAACCCACACCGGUGAGCGGCCCUACCAGUGCCAGAUGUGUCCCAAGGCGUUCAGCAACAAGGCAGCAUUGCUGAGACACGACCGGGUCCACUCGGGUAUAAAGCCAUACGAGUGUCCGCAGUGCGGGAAGUUCUUCACCCAGUCCAACAGCAUGAAGCUGCACGUGAAGACGGUGCACCUCAAGAUGCCGGCGCCUUACAAGAGCAAGAACCGACGCGCCAAGCUCGCGCUGAAGCAGCAGGCCAUGGCUUCACCAGUGGUCGUGAGUGUCGAAGCCACCGCGGGCGAGAGCUCGCAGUCGAUGCCGGUGAGCGAGCUGUACGGGGAAGAGUAUCGGCGAGUGAAGGAGGAGCCCGACGAGGAGACACAGGACGAGCAGCAGGAGAAUGAUGAUGAGGAGUACCACAUGGUGCAGCAAGAGGAAGAAGAAGAAGAAGAACCAACAGAUCAAAUAAAAGUGGAGAUCACAGAAGUGCCGAUGUACGAAGACGAUGUGGAACAGUUUGAGGUUGUUUACGAGGAGGUGUACGAGAUGGAAGACCAGUAACCCUCAUAGUUUUCAUAGAAGCGUGAACAGUGGCGUGCAUAAGGUCGUCGAUCAGGGUAUGCACUAGUAAUAAAAUUGAGCAAACUGGACAAAUCUGUAUUUAAUACGCACUAUGAAGACAACUCUUAGGGUAUGCAGUACUUUAAUGCAUGUAUGAAGUGGACGCCACUGGGGGGGGGGGGGGGGUACUCCAUUCAUUCAUUCACUGACACGCAAGGAGGUUGAAACCUUGAUAUAGAAAUACUGAGAUCAUUUUUUUUUUUUUAAUAUUCGAAUAUUUCUUUUCCCUUCCAACUAGUCGGGAGAGACAGUGACAGCAGACCACGCUUCUACCAUACAUACGUGUCAUAUGACGAAGUUUUAGUAUUUACAAUAUGACGAAAGCCAGGUGCUCUCAAUGUAUAUUAAAUUUUAUUUAUAAACUAGCAAAUCUAAUAUGUAUACUGAAUAUACAAAGAAAAUGAGUAAUUUUCGAUUCCGCUGUGUUGCUUUGUUUGUUUUGUGGCAAACAUCAAUAGGGUAGUUGACUCAUAUCAUAAAAGAUGAUCCAUUUCAUUUCCACUCUUGUACCCCGUAUCAUUUAAAUUUAAAAAAUACAAGGUUUUUAUUAAAAUAUAAAUAAGUUAAUAAAUCUAACUAAAUAAAGAGAAAUAAAUAAUAUUAAAACCCAAGUUUUUGAGUUAUAUCAACAUGGCGCCCAUAGACCAACUAUGACAUGACAAUUGUCAGCAAAUGUCAAAACGACUACUGCAUUGAAAAUGUCAUCUAUCCGCCCUUAAUAGUGUUGCAUUUCUUGGGAGAUAAUGAAUUUCGAAAGAAUUAUAGUGAAUUCGUAGAUUUGUAUAAUCAAAAAUAGUUACUGAUCCUGGGCUCCAUACAAUUUUGGACCAACUCCUUUAAUAUAAACAAUAAUAAUUUCGUGUAGAACAUGGAAUAAGGGUCCGAAAUAUAUUGAUACUAGCGCACGCCCGUGACUUCGUCCGCGGGACGAAAAGUAGCCUAUGUGUUAAUCCAGAGUAAAAUCUAUUUCCAUUCCAAAUUUCAGCCAAAUCGCUUCAGUAGCCGCAGCGUGAAAGAGGAACAAACAUACUUACACACAAACUUUAUAAUAUUAGUGUGAUUAAUAGGCUAGUUGACACUUUUUUAAUGGUUAAAUUGUUCAUUGUAGUUCUACUGGAUUGAAAAAAAAUUUAGUUAUUAUUUAAUAUGUUUUUGACAAUACGAGCCAAAAUGCCUGACGGCCAUGACAGUCUAUAUAACUGUUUUAUGACGUCACUAACAAAACUAUUAGUUUAACGUUUAGUACAUCAAGUGUGUUCGUGACGUCACAAAAUGGACGACAGCGUUUUUGACGUUUGGAAAAUUUGAAAAAAUACGUGAUAAUAAAUACUUAAUUAAGUUUUAUAAGAAAUCCUUAACUUAAUUUAAUUAAUUAAUUAACAAAAACUUAAUUAAUAUCAAUAUAUUUCGGACCCUUAUUCCAUGUACUAUGCGAAAUUGUUUAUAUUGAAUUUCAUUUGAGUCAAGUACCCUAUUAAUAAAAGUUGAGGGUUUCAUAUAAAACUAAAACAAGGGAAAUUCGGAAAAAUCUGCAAAAAUUGCUUAAAUCGAUUCCUGAACUAUGUAAAAUCGUUAAUGACUGUACGAAACACUCAGUAGGCGAAUCCGACUCGCACUUGUCUGGUUUUUUUUUUAUUUUUUCAUCAUGGUCAUCAUCACUCAUCAAAAAUCAAAAUAUUAUUUAGGAAAAUAUACUACUGUGUUAUACACUUCCGAGCAAAGAAAUCGUCAACACAAUUUUCUGUUUAGUCCAUUUUUUUGCUCCCGAGUGUAAGUUGUGUUCUUAUUUUUAAGACAUUGUAUAUAAAUAUAAGAUUACAUAAUAAUUGUUAGAAUGAAAUAAAUAAAAUGUUUUUUUGUUAA